CCCAGCCGAAAGCAGGAAGCGGGGAGCAGUGGAGCUGAGUCCGGCUGUCAUUGCGGGGAAAGCCCCUCCCCACCUUGGUCCUGAGCCGCCAGGCCCCUGGCCACGGCUGCCUGGCGACCCGGGAGGAUGGCGAUUCUACUCCCGGGGCUGCCCGGACUCUCGCGGCAGCUUCGGCUCCUGCUGCAGCUCUUGGUUGUGCUGUCCCCGGCCGGCUCGGCCCUGCGGCUCCUCGACACCCCGGAGCCAGUCUGCUCGCAGCCGCGGCUAAACUGUACUGUCAAGAAAAGUACCUGCCUGGCUAAGAGUUGGCUCUACCCUCUCAACAAGACACCCUCUAGCCCAAGAGAUGUCAACAUCACGCUGGGCUUUGAACAGGGAGAAAAUGGAUACCCAAUUCCUGUGGUGCGCAUUGAAUGGAAAGUGCGGACAGAUGGCAGCAUCCUGUUUCUUCAGGGCGCUGAGCUUUCAGUGCUACAAAUGAGUACCAAUGAGCACUUGUGCGUCGAUUUUAUAUUUCUGAACCGACUUGAGCAGCAGCUGGCCCCGGACUUUAAAAGGUGGCAUUUCACCUUCAAUAACUUUGUGGUGGAGCCUGGCCAAGAAUAUGAGAUAACAGUGCAUCACUUGCCCAAACCAAUGCCCAUUGGAGAUCCAAACCAUGAGUCUGCGUUUUUCCAGGUGCCUGACUGCAGGGACCCCAAAAUGAGAAUGACUUCCACCUGUGUGAGCUCAGGAAGCCUGUGGGAGCCUGGCAUCACAGGAGAAAGGCUAAUGAACAACUCCCUGCUGGUGAGUUUUAACCUGUGGAAUGAAUCAACCACUUAUAAGAUCCUCGUGAAUGGUUUUUCAAACACAGAGACCGGCAGCUGUUAUGAAGACCUUCGGUUCAUUACCCAGCCUACACAAGAAGAUUUCCACCAUCGGAUAAAUGUCACAUUCCCCUUGCAAAAUGUGAAUACCUGCUGCCAGUACAGUGUACAGAUCCAGCCAUUCUUUCAGAGUUGUCAUAAUGACUGCCUUAGACAUACACUGUCCAUCCCUUGCCCAGUGCUACCAUCACCAACACCCACCUGCCCUCCAGAUGAUGUGCCACUGUGGGCUUACUGGUUUAUCACUGGCAUCUGUAUUCUGUUGGUGGGCUCUGUCAUACUCCUGGCCAUUUGCAUGACUCAAAGGAAGCCUGAGUUUUCCUCUGAUAAACCUGAAAAUGACACCAAAUACCCUGAUAUUCCACCCCUGGACAACCAGAUUCCUCCACCCUUAAAGCCCCGGAAAGUCUGGAUCAUUUACUCAGCUGAUCACCCCCUCUAUGUGGAUGUGGUGGUCAAGUUUGCCCAGUUCCUCAUCACUGUCUGUGGUACUGAAGUGGCCCUGGACCUGCUAGAGGAGAAGUUGAUCUCAGAGGUGGGGGUCAUGGCUUGGGUGAGUCGACAGAAGCAAGAAAUGGAGGAGAGCAAUUCCAAGAUCCUCAUCCUGUGUUCCCGAGGCACCAGAGCUAAGUGGCAGGCAAUCCUUGGUUGGGAAGAGCCUGCUGUUCAGCUCCGGUAUGACAGAUGGAAACCUGCCGGGGACCUAUUCACAGCUGCCAUGAAUGUGAUCCUCCCAGACUUCAAGAAGCCAGCCUGCUUUGGCAUGUACGUGGUCUGCUACUUUGACGGCAUCAGUGACGAGGCUGAUAUCCCUGACCUAUUCAACAUCACCUCUAAAUACCCACUGAUGGAGAAGUUCGAGGAGGUUUAUUUCCGUAUCCAGGAACUAGAGAUGUUUGAGCCAGGUCGAGUGCACCGGGUUAGGGAGAUCACUGCUGAAAACUAUCUCCAAAGCCCCAGUGGCUGGCAGCUCAAGGAAGCAGUACAGAGAUUCCAGGAAUUUCAGGUCAAAUGCCCCAACUGGUUCGAACAAGAGAAUCUCUGUUUAGAAGAUGAAGACAACUUGUCGUUGCUGAGUGGAGAGAUGAUUGAAGAGUCACCAUUACCACCAGGAGGGAGGAUAAUGAAACAGGUGCCUCUGGUGCAGGAGCCUUCUCCUGGGGACCAUUUGAUGGUGGACCUCGUCAUUAAUGAGGAAGAAGGGGUCUCUAGACUAGACACUCCGUUUCUGCCCCAAGGGGCUACCCUCACCCACCAAACAGUAAUCCCCAUAGAAGAGGCCCAACUGACUUCUGUAGUGGAGCCCUUACACAGGAAUGGUGAUAGUAAAGCCAGGCGACAGGCAGUGGUAGGUGAAGAUGACAUGGAAUGUGUCCCACUGAUGGAGACCAGUGCUCUCCAUCGAAAUAGUGUAUUCUGCCUCCCCAUGGACUCUGAAGCUUCCCCUCUCUCCAGUACUCCAGUUCCUUCCCCCAACUGCCUCCCAGCUCCAGUGAGAGAACAGCUAGAGGGCUUAAUGUACUCCCUCUUCCAGCAGAGUCUAAGCAACCCAGGUGAAGAAGAAUGGGAAAGACAGCAACUGGUCUUCCAUGAUCCUUAUACACCCUAUGAGGAAGAGCAGAGGCAGUCAGUGGAGUCUGAUCAGGGCUACAUCUCCAGGAGCUCCCCACAGCCUCCUGAUGGGUUUAUGGAAAAGGAAGAGGACGAGGACGAGGAGGAGGAAGAAAAGGAAGAGGAGGAUGCAGAGAUAUCUACAGAGUUUCUCUCUCCCAGUGUUUUGGAGAAUCUGAAGAGCCUUCAACAGCAGCUGUUAUUCCAGGAGAUACAACAGAGCUCUAACUGGGGCUGUCUAGAUGGAAGGAGAUUAUCUACAGAACUGCAGCCAUCCUAUUAAGUGUGUUAUAGGUCUGAGUCAUCAAAGACAGUGAGAAAGAGAAUGCAUACCUAUAAUUCUAUCUUGAUUCUAAUGAUGAGAAUCUCAGGAAUAAACUUUCCUCUCUUUUAAAUGUAAGUGUAUUCCUCCUAAAACUACCCAUGUAAACAAGUGUAACUUUCCCAGUGACUUGGCACUGAAGUAUCAAUUAAUUCCCAGUGAUGAGCUAUUGCUGCCUAUAUUGGGGUAGGGGGAAUAUUGAUAGGGCACAGAAAAAAAAAGAUAUAAAAUACCAAAAGGAGAGGAGUCUAAAACCCUCAGUUCUGUUUCUGGUGUUAAUGUAAGCAUAAAACAACGAGGUGAUGGGAGAGGGUUCUCUUCUUUUCUGAGUUGCAAUAAGAAGUUUUUCAGAUAGUCACUGGGAUGGAUCCCUAGAGUUGCAGCUCCCUGAGAUAAACUGAGAUCUGGACUCUCAUAGUGUCCCACUUAAAGACUUAAAAGUCCCACAGCUGAAGAACUACAGGUAUGAGAGGCUAAGGUGUGUUUGACAGUGUAAAACCACAGACUAAUGUUAACUUAAUGAGGAAAACCUUCUGGGGAAAAGUCAUCACACAGACUUAAGUGUUCAAUGUGUAUUUGAUUUUGCCUUCCUUUCAAACCAGAAUGGCACUUUGAGGCUCCAUUCUUGCACUGACCCCUUGGAAUGGACUGGAAUACUCAGAGGACAGUAAAGCUGCAAGGUACCAUAAAGAUCAUCUAUUCUGCCUUUUUUUUUUUGGCUAGGCAGUUGGGGUUAAGUGACUUGCCCAGGGUCACACAGCUAGUACAUGUUUUAGAGAUAUGGAAAUUGAGACCCAGAUUGCUGAACUACUACUAUUACUACUACUACUACUGCCCACUUUUACUCCCCCCAUGAAGGUUGGGUCACCAUAGGGUGACUGGUACCUUUGAUUAUAGGGUUUGUAUUCCUAAUACUAUAGCUCAAGCACCCCACCAAUGUGUUUCCCAUUAACAGUCAUCCAGUUGACCAAAUUAAUUAGCUUUUUGAAGCAAUGUUUACUAAUGUGGUAUGAUAAAAUAGUAGAUACAAACAUUUCUCCCAUAAACCUGAGUUAUACUUUUUCACAAGUACACAGGAAGGGUGGGGUCACUCUUAUAGAGCACAAUGGUGGUGAAACACAUGAGUGGGAUACAUAUGUGGCAAGGGCAAUUCACACUUGCUGGUAUGAAGUUCCUCCCUCGUCUCAGUUUUGUUCCACUCAAUUGUGUAGCAAGAAGAAGAGCAAGGUAAAAUCUAGAUGUAACAGCCCAAGUUUUAUAGCUUCACCUUGGCCACAUCACUCUUCACCUGGAGCUAUGUCUGUAGCUUCUUUUUGGCUUGUUGCCAAAAAUCUCUCAGCCUGCCAAAAUUUCCAUGCAAUUUUCCCCAGCCUCCUCAAGAAGCAUGUAUUGUCAUAUGUUUCUAUGCUGAUAUCAUUUGUCAGGCUUUUCCAUUGCCAGAACCAUAGUGAUGAUAUGCUCUUGGGCUGGAAGCAUAAUUGUGUCCUGUUUAUUUCUUGUUCUCCUUUAUUUUGGGCCAUUUCUUUAUUUAACACCACCACCACCACCCACAGGGCUUUCCAUCUAAAUGUCAAGCAAUACUGAAAAUUCUUUCAGAUAUAAUUUUUCCUCAAUCCACAGCACUAGCUAAGAGUGAAGAGUGCUACCGAUUUUUCUCUCAGAGUUCUUUGACCCAGGACAUCCCAUAGCCUCUGCCCUUGGUCAAAGUCAUCAAAGUUUUAUGAGUCUUUUUGUAUACUUGUACAUUUACUUGUGUAUUAUUUUGAAUGAUGGCAAAUAAACACCUUAAUACUCAAACUGA